AACAAUCCCACCGAUUAUUAUUCACUUUUACACUUGUGAGGCUACCAAUCCUCCAUAUCACCCUCACCAAAACCCCCUCAAUUAUAAAAUUCCAUAAAUCCCUCCACCUUUACUCACUCUUAUCCCAACAAAAACCCUCAAGCAAAAGCAAAACCCUAAAACAAUGGCAAAAAAAUCGAUGGAAGUCGUAAAGGGCAUAGAUCUCGCAAGAUACAUGGGCAGAUGGUACGAAAUAGCUUCAUUCCCAUCAAGAUUUCAGCCCAAAAACGGGAUAAACACGAGGGCAACGUACACACUGAGAGAUGAUGGCACUGUAAAUGUGUUGAAUGAGACUUGGAGUGAUGGCAAGAGAGGGUCUAUUGAAGGGACUGCUUAUAAAGCUGACCCCAACAGUGAUGAAGCUAAGUUGAAAGUCAAGUUUUAUGUGCCCCCGUUUUUGCCUAUUAUCCCAGUUACUGGUGAUUACUGGGUGUUGUAUCUUGAUGAUGAGUAUCGGUAUGCUCUGAUUGGUCAGCCCUCCAGGAGUUAUUUAUGGAUAUUGUGCAGGGAGAAUCAUCUUGAUGAGGAGGUAUAUAAUAUGUUGGUUGAGAAGGCGAAGGGAGAAGGGUAUGAUGUGACGAAAUUGAAGAAGACGACUCACACGAACCCGCCGCCUGAGGCAGAAGAUGCUCCGGCGGAUACUAAAGGGUUUUGGUGGUUGAAAUCGAUUUUCGGCAAGUAGACAGUUGAAUGAGAGGAUUAUGAAUUAUAUAGGUAACUUAGUUUGGGUAAGUUUUGUUUAUAUUGUGAUGAAAAUGUUGGUUUGAGAAUAAAUUUGUGUGUUUGAUUAUGUUGGUUUGUGUGUCUUUAAGUAUAUAGAAAGUUGUAAUUUGAAUAUUAUUUUAUUCUAACAAGUGCAUCUAGGGUUUCUUUU